UAUGCCUGUUUUAUAUCUAACCCACAUGGCAGAUCUGUGUACGAGAAAAAGUAUCAAGGAUGGAGGAUACUGAGUUCCGCCCCUGAAUUUUCUGCUUAUGUAAAUUCGUCUAUGUAUGUACCAGUUUGGAAGAAGGAGAACGAACAGUCUGGUUUUCAUUUGUCAUGGAGCAGUCACAAUACCACUACGUUCUCGAUGACAAACCUUAUACAUAUAAUAAUUCCUAGAAGUGCUUGUAUAUUUAUGUACAUCUUUUGUACGACUUUUUUUAAUGACGGCCACAAUUUGAAAGGAAAUAGACGGUGAUCACAACUGAUUCUUAUCCAUGGCUUUGCGUAUGAUGUCAGCAAUAGUGCCAGGCACUCAUAACGUAAUCGAUGCUAAUCAAACUUAUGAUCAUGCAAUCGAACGACAGAAACUACUGGAAGAUUUAUUGGCUACUGCAAAAAAGUGUCAUAUUAGAUUUGGUGGGCGUACAGAGCUAGCUACUGAGUCAGAUAUAUGCGUGAAACAGCUGUGUCAUAUAUUUGAAUCAGUCUUUAGUCAUGGAUUGCGUACAAACUAUAUAGAGAAACUAAAUUCGGCUUUAAGGCAUGUAUCUGACAUAGUAUCCGGUGCCAAUAUAAAAUCAGGCAAUACAUCGGACAUAGCAUUUUGGCCAUAUAUAAAGGAACAAUUAACAUGGCAUGAGCAAGAACGUUUUAGCGUACUAAAGAAAGUUAACACAGAUUAUGGUAGGGGCAGAGCAUGGCUGAGAGCUGUCUUAAAUGAGCGUUCCCUGGAACGCCAUUUACAUGCUAUUCUUGACCCUAACAUAUUAUCUUCUUUUUAUGAAGAUUGGGCAUUUUUACUUGACCAAGAACGAAGUGCAGUACUGCCAAAUGUAGCUGCAGGACUUGGUAGCAUUUUAUUCGCCAUUAGAGUAGAUAAUGAAGAAUUGGAUAAUAAUUCUCGGGGAAAAGAAACUGAUAAACAGAAAGUUUCACUGUCCGAGCCAAUCAUAUCCACUACGAUACCAGGGCCUAUUUCGAAACAGCAAAAGCAAAAAAAGAAAGUACCAACUAUAAUUUCGUUUGAUAAUGAAUCUGACGAGCAGGAGACUACAGAAGUUAAUGCGUCAGUCAGCGCUCCUGCAACAUGUUUGAAUUCUCCUGUGGUAACUACCGCUAAAGAUACGCCGUCUCUUUGUUUAUCAAUAUCUGAAACUGAGACAAAUAAUGUAUCGAAUAAUGUUAGCGCAGAAGUCGAUAAAGAAAAUUCGGGAUGGGAGAAAUGUGAACCCUUUGAAGAAGAAAAAGUAUUAACUCCAGUCACAGAUGCCGGUAAUAUGGGUGGUCUUGUUCCUGUAUCGCCUUUAGAUCAAACGUUAGAUGACAUGUUAAUAGCGUUGCCAAACUACUUAGAUGAUUCAUCCGAGAUCACAGAAGCUGCAGUGGAAGCCACUGAACCAUUAACAGGCUUGGAUGCUCAUGUAGACGAUGAAAGUUUAGGUAUAGAGGCACUAAGAGUAAAGCUAAUUGCAAUGAAUGAAAUAUUAGAACAAGCUAGGGAAGAUGCUGUAGCUAGUAGGUCUCAGCUCGCUCGGUUACAGAGACAACACCAAAAUUAUCUCGAAAGACAUGAAUUGCAAAUACAGGCAUUGAAUAGAGAAAAUGAACUGUUGAGACAACAGUUACGGAAAUAUGUGACAGCAGUACAAAUGUUAAGAAGAGACUCAGAUACUACAACAGUAUCCGAAGAGGAUCCGGCAUUAGAUUACCAUAACGAAGCUCAACAAUAUGAAGAGAAAUUAAUACAAGUCGCAGAAAUGCAUGCCGAGUUAAUGGAAUUUAAUGCAAGAUUAACUCUUCAAUUAACUGAUAGGGAUAGAUUAGUGAAAUUAUUACAAGCAGAAUUAGAGUGUCUUCGGGGCCCUAUAAAUGAGGACGACUUACCAUCGGAACCACCAUGCCUCAUACACAUUUGGAUUCCAUCCGCGUUCCUCACUGGCCAAUCUUCCGAUAUACAUCAUGUCUAUCAGAUAUAUGUACGCAUAAGAGAUACUGAAUGGAAUAUAUAUAGGCGUUACGCGCAAUUUUAUGCGCUAUAUAGAGAAUUGAAGAAACAUGAUGCCGUUGUUACUACUUUUGAUUUCCCGCCAAAGAAAACAAUAGGAAAUAAGGAUGCGAAAUUUGUUGAAGAGAGACGACAAAAGCUACAGCAUUGGUUACGGCGAGUAGUCGGGAGAUUAGCUCAAUGUUCGCCCGCAUUCUCGUCCAGACCAAGCAGACAAACACUUAUAUCUCUGAUGCCUUUCUUCGGUGAUAACCCUAACACUGAGGAUUCGAGGA